UAAUUCACUCGCAAUGUUCACUUGAUUCAUCCUCCAUGUGUCGAAAAUCAGGAAAAAGACGAAGAAGCUGAGAGCCAUGAAGGAGGCGAAAAUCCGGGCAAACAAUAAAUUAAUAAUGGAGGUCGAGGCGCAGACCCAAGCCUCCCGUCCACCUGUAGCUCGUUCACCUGAAAGUUUGCGUCAACGUCAACGAGAUCGAUUGUCCCCUAGAGGUCGUUUUGCAACACCUAAUAAUAUAUCUACAACCAUUACAGAGGUCGAACGACAAAAAAACAUUGGCGUUCCUUCAUUGUCAGCCCCCAAACCGAGAACCACUGGAAAGAGAAGCCCCAACCAACAGGAGAAGCUGAUGCAGGAAAGUUCGCGCAACGAUAAUAAUGUUUACCGUCGGGUCAAGAGAGAGAUAGAAGAUGAGAAAGGUAGCAUCACUCCAGACGGGGGUUCUGCUGGUCGGGAAGGUAGGCAAUUUACGGUUGCUAAGGUGGGAAAUGGAGGAAAGAUAUACUUACGCCCGUCAAUACGUCCAGCAAACCAACGAUAUCCUCAGCCAUCCUUUGUCUUUCCAACAACACCACCAGAUACUGCUGGACCUGAUGCUGUCGCGUUUCGCAGAGAGGAGGAUGAUUUGAGCCACCGUGAAAGUCUUUGGUCACCAUCGAAGUCAGCAGCAUCGAGUCUGAACCAGCGAAUUCAAGGCACAGGACCAAUCAAACCUGGACGCGGAAGAGCACAUUCGUACUCGACGGUAGAUGACCAACACGCACCAGUUACCGACAAGGACGCGGGCGCUUUCAAGGUUAUCAUAGAGAGACCUGGGACUGCUACUGCCACUCAAAAGCUCGACUUCUUUCAAGGUAUUCCUGCUCUUGACGUUAAUAUUCCUUCAUACAAACUGGGAAAACCACGAUUCAGCAUGCGCGGCACGCCUUUUCUUCGAGGAUCUUCCUAUACAAACAAUAACGAUGACAUGCGCUCCAGUGUUUUAUCGAGCAGAGAAACAUCACAGAUGGAUCCAGCCUCGCAGCGUCAUUCGCGAAUUUUUCCACGGCGCCAUUCUGAUUCAUCUCCACAGUCUCGUGCUGUCACUGGCCCACCAAGCCCUGAGGACCAAUCACGCCCAAUUCCAUCGCCAAGAGUUGUUAAGCCAUCGAGGGCUAUCGAGCCCGAAAUGUUCGAUGCGCUCACCUUCAAGCCGGCUUGUGAUCAUCCAUCCAUUGUGCGUUAUGGUGAAAAUGGAGGCAUUAGAGCGGCGACGCCAGCUCGUCUUGUUGCAGAAAUCACGUCUCCGACCUUCGUCGAUUAUGAUCUUCUAUCCGACUUCUUUCUAACUUUUAGAUCGUUUUUGGAGACAACAGACCUUUUACUCAUGCUAAUCGCAAGACUGCAGUGGGCAGUUUCAAGGGAUGAUGAAAUUGGUACGGUGGUCAGAGUUCGAACAUUUGUCGCGAUUCGCCAUUGGGUGCUCAAUUACUUCCUGGACGACUAUGUCAUCGACUACGAAUUGAGAGUGUUAUUUUGUGAACGUCUUAACGCAUUCGCAAAAGCACUUUUGGAGGGCACGAUGCACUCCAAGGUGCCUCUGAAGAUAGUGGAGGAAUUGAAGAAGUGUUGGCGGAGAGUAUGUGCAUUAUACUGGGAUGGGCCUGACUUCGACCCAGAUCUUGGAGUUGAGGUUCCGAUAGCUGCGGGAGGAGUAGCUGGUUCUCGAGAUCCUACUCUUGACCCGGCCUUUUGGGAAGCCCACCCAGAAGGUCCUCCACGCCUUGAUGGAAUUAUUGAGCCCGACUUCAUGGAACACGAUACCUCCAUGGUUGAAGGGCGAAACUUUUUUGCGGAUGUUUCUCGCGCAGGCCAUAUUGACUCUUUCGCCUAUAAUCCCACUCCUCCAAAUGUCAGGGAAGACGAUGAUCUUGAACCACCUCUGUCUCCUACGAGCAUAGUCAGCGAAGAUUUUGUAUCAUGCUCAUUUCCUAGUCGAACAAGAGGUGGCGGAACAAUAAACCCCCUCGGGGCACAUCCAGUCCCUGCCAGCUCUCUAUACGAUCCUGCCCCCCCUGUAGCAACCACACCCAAAGCUCUUACUGGUAAACGGGUCCGCCCUUCGCAUUCACACAACCGCAGCGCAAGCUUUUCUGACUCAUUGCGAGAUCGCCGAGCACAGCCGGAACCCGAGCCACCUGUACAGAAGGUUAUCUAUAAGAGUACGGAGCUACUUCUUGCUUUACCUUAUGCUGGAAGUUUGGUGAGAGGUAAUCUCUUUCCACCUGGGCAAGCUUUUGUCGACAUUGUUGCGCCAAGCACUCCAGCAGAAUUUGGUCGAGAAACCACUUUGUUUCCCAGAGCACCUCCCAAUCACAAAGGCCCUUCGGCGAUGUCAGGGCCAGGGAUGAAGAGACUCUUAGGUAGCGUACGUCGUGCAUUAAGCACCAGAGGAGGACAUAGCCCAAUAAGCUCUCCAACCCAAGGUAGCUUUCCCAAUAUGCCUCCUCUCGGAGUUCGAGGGGCAACCGUAAAUCGACUUCCUGGUACCGCUGUGGUCCCACAAGCCCAAAAGCACGAUUCAAUUCGUACACCAAUGAGAAUUGACCUCCUUGGUGCUGAAGUUGCUGAAGACUUCAAAAAGGCAGUUCGAGAGGAAGAGGAGGCCGAUCAAGCUCGUAGAUCACGUGUAGUUGAGCAGCCAUCGCCACCAAUAAGCCGUCAUCACGAAUCUGGCAUUCACUACUCGACUAUGUGUCCAGAUGUUACCUUGGAAAAUUCAAGUCCCGUAACCUACAGGUCACCCAAGAGCGAAGUUACAAAUGGAAGCAAGAGCAUCUUAAUUGUUGAUGAUACGAUGUCAUUGCCUUUGCCUAUGAUGACUGGCGCAUUGGCCGUGAGUCCAUCGGUCGGCUCGUUCGCUGAUACAUUUUUGCAUCCAUCACAUGGACCUACGCCACCAACGACUCCGCCAGGCGUUCUCUUCGCUGGAACUCCAAGAAGGUCAUCCCAUCUACUAGGACAUACCGUGAAUCGUAGUUUAUCAUUAGAAGGCCUUCCUUCGCUGAUCGGUGACUCACGGCCUUCAAGAGACUAUGAGCACCCUCUCGGACCCAGACCGAUACCUACACAUUCAAUGAGACUUCACAGUCAAACUUACCGAGUCAGAAAAUCCGCAUCGUUGCGUCGUUAUGCGUCCUUCCAGAGUGGUUUUACUCAACACCACAGAAGCGAGCGGAGCUUUGAUGCUACCACGUUCACAGAGGAAGCAUCGAUUGCAGAGAGCUUUUCUCGAAAUGCACCUAUUCCACGGCCACUGCGAGUACUCAGGAGAAGGCCAGGUGGAGAUCUAAGGGCCGUUGGUAAUGUUGGAGACCUCAAUACUGCUCAUGUUCGACCAAUGUCGACUGGCUCCAUUACGACAUAUUCCGAUUCUGUCCGAAGCUCAUAUCUUCUUGGUAGUGGGGAUGAUGGCCAAUACGUUGAUGUAGUCAAUAGUGAUUAUGAUGGAACUCAACGCCAUGUAGAGACAUUCUCGUUAGGGGCACUAGCUGAGAUCACGCCCAAAGCUCGUGUAUCCUUCUUCGACACCCAUUCAUCUCAACCUGUGAUGCGUCCGUCUUUCGAAAAGGAAGCUCAGAUGCUUGCCCAAAUUCCAGAUGAUAUCGAUGACGAUGGCGGCGUUGAGUCAGCUCUUCUGAAACUCGAAGGGAAAUUUGAGCAGAGGCAUUCCCACACCCCAGGCGGCGAGCUAUCUGGGAGGUUUGAGAAUGAGGGAAACACCAACAGUUUUGGCGCCAGUCCAUAUGAUGCCCGUAACCUUACUUUGGACGAUGAGGAAGAAGGGAAGCGCAGACAUAGACAACGAAAUGUCGUGGAUUCGACCAUUUUCAACCUAGCCCCAUCUACAUACCAGCCUCAGGAAGCUUCAACGAAGGCGGAACGUAGAACUUUUGCAUACCAGCCAACAGGCGUGUCAAGAACUUCAUCAGUACCAGAGUCAAGUGGUCUCACUGAUUCAUUUUUUGAAGGUUCUUUCCUUGAUGGUGCUUUCAGCGAGAAUGAAAGCUACGAAAGACAUACACGCAAUUGGUCAGAAAGAUCGAUCCUCGAAGGUCCUAAUGAAGGGCGUCAAGGAUCGAUGGAUAAUACUCCGCACUCUUCUCAUCCUGGAUCUUUUGAUUUCAUAACCGAAACGGAAAGCUUGCGAAGAAUGCGCACCGGUGCAAAAGAACAUGUUAGUGAAGGUGGCAAUCAUUCAUUCCUCAACAUUGACAGUGACCUUUCAUCCGAAAUGUCUGUGAUCUCAAAUUCCGAAUAUACUGAAGAGAUAACAAAUACGCCUGCUCCAAACUCCCUUGCUUUGAGACGGGGAGCAGGAGUUAAGGAGAUGCCCCAUUCACCUCAAUCACCACAUCAACCCCCUUCGCCUCCAAUGACCUUGGUGCAGGCAUUGAACAUGUCUCCUAACACCGCGAAUAUUCCUCAGGUCCAUGAUUACCAGCUACAACAAGGGCACUAUUUACCACCAACGCCAGACAUCACCCCUACUAGUGCCCUUGGAUUAGGCGGGUUUGGUAGAGACGCCUUGCGACCCAUCGGUACAAGUGAAGCUUCUCGCAAAACGUCUGUUCACCUGCCAUUUAUUCUUGCAUUUGACUCGAGAAUUCUUGCUCAACAAUUCACUCUCAUUGAGAAAGAUGCCUUGAAUGAAAUUGAUUGGAAGGAUCUCAUCGAAAUGCGCUGGAGAGAUGCUGCCACAGAUACUCGCUCAUGGGUUGACUUCCUACGCUCUUCGGAACCUCGCGGAGUGGAAGUUGUCAUCGCACGGUUCAACAUAAUGGUUAAGUGGGCCGUGUCUGAAAUCGUUCUGACAGGCGAUCUAGAAGAACGAGUUCGAUGCAUCAUCAAGUAUAUUCACAUUGCUGUUAAUUGUCGCAAAUAUCGAAACUUUGCUACAAUGACACAACUCACUGUAGCCCUGACUUCGAAGGAUAUCUCCCGUCUCACCUCAACGUGGGCCCACGUUCCGGCAUCCGAUAUACAAACCCUUAACGAAUUGGAAGAACUUGUAACACCCACGAGUAAUUUUCAUAACUUGAGAGCCGAGAUGGAAGGCUCCGGUGCAGAUCAAGGCUGCAUUCCAUUUGUCGGGAUCUAUACUCACGAUCUCAUCGUCAACUCAGAGCGUCCAAGUCAAUUUGCAAGUACGCCAACAACGGAACCUUUGGUGAACUUUGAGAGAUGUCGAUGCGAUGCCACGAUCAUCAAGAAUCUACUUAGAUUGCUUGAAGCUAGCCAGCUGUAUAGAUUCCUUCCAAUUGAAGGCAUCACCGAAAGGUGUUUAUGGAUGGCAGCACUACGAGACGAAGACAUUGCAAAAUAUGGAAGAUCAAUCCAAAAUUGAUCACUCAGAUUAAUCGUGCCUCUAUCGCACAUCCGAUAAUUUUCAUGGAAACAGGCUGGUUGGUUGUCCAUCCUUUCUCGAUCGACCUAAUCUACGAAACUUUCGAUCAAGUUUCGAAUUCAUCAAAAGAUGGAUAAAACAACAAAUUCUUUGUAAUAACAAAUUCAAAUUUUGGGACCUUUUGUUUAAAAUUUUGUAAUGUGUGUUUCAGCACCGUAUUCGAACUUCAUACCUCUCAUCUUGAGACAGCUUUGAAGGAUUCUUUUCAUGUACUUUCUCUUUUUAUUGGUCCCAAGUUUCUACAAGCCCAGCAUAGCCUGCGCGUCACCACGACGGCUUAACAUAAUAUUUCCUUAUUGCUAUUAAAGUCUGGCUUCGGACUCUUUUUCUACGACCAUGACUGUCACGAUUUAUAUUUCAUUGGUUCGCUGUAUUAUUCUUUUUCCUCUUGCCUACCUUCAUGGAGUGCUAGGCUUUCAAGCGACUUUGUGGUGUUAGGUCGAUAGAUGGACGGGUGUAUGGAGAAGGGGAUUUUGCAGCAAAUGUUUCAGGGAGGCGCUGCUACAGAUUGGCGAGAUUGGAAUGUAAAUGGAAGAGAGG